AUGAUUCACGUCUUCAAUGGCUGCAGUGAAGUGUGUUCCCUGCCUGCCAAGGCGUGCAAGGCUUGCGAAAGAUGUUGCGAGAGCUGCGGCUGCUGCGAGGAGUGCGAGAAGUGCUUGACGCAGUGCGGCAGCUGUGUGGAGCAGCCACUUGGAUCCUACGUUGUGGUGGGAAUGCUGGUGAGCCUCACUGAGCUGGUCGUUUGCAUCCUGGCCUUCCAGGAGGACUUCAGCCAAUGCCAACUUCCUGAGGGCUUUGCGCAGAAGGUAGGGAUGCGCGGAUGGUUGAAGGGACAGAUGGGUUUCGCAUGGUUGCACUUCAUCUUUCCGCCAUACCUGCAACAUGAACUCCUUCGGAAGUUGGGCCAGCGUGCUGGUGCCAGGGCCGAAAUAUCUCAGAAAGAAGUCAAGGAGAGCUUUCACGAAGUCUUCUUAGAAGACAUUGGUGUUUGCUUCUACGUUCUUUGA